CUUGCUGCCUUUUGGCAGGCAUGACCUUCACUGGAAGUUCACCCCACAUCUUCUGCAGCCACCAGAGGAACAGCAGGAAGAAAUGGCUGCAAUUGGCCCUGGGAUCAACCUUCCUCCCUGCAAGACCCACAGACUGGUAGAGGUUGCUGAACUGGUCGCCUCUGCUCUCUCCUCAGUCAGCCAUAGAGAAAAGCUGGCACUGGCCUUGAAGAAGGAAGGCCACAUUCCCAAACUCUUAAAGCUUUUCCAAAUCUGUGAGGAGUUACAGCUCAGAUGGGCCUUGCAGCAUUUGUUAGCCAUUGUGCAAGGAAUUCUGUGGCUCAACCAAGCAGCUCUGCUGGAGGUGAUGCUGUCCCAGGAGUGUCUCAUGGAUGUGGUCAGAUGCCUCAAGUAUGGCCCUUCUCUGGCACAGCCCAAAUGGAAGCAGCAGCUCCUUCAGAAAACAACCAAGCCGAAGGAGCUUCUUCCCAUCCAAGACCCUGAGCUUCAGCAAAAUUUCCACCAGGCACUGGCACAGUAUAUUCAGGUCGUCAUCUUGGCCAAGGCAACUGGGCUGGGAGAGGGUUCUCUGUCCAGCCUCACCUCAUUCAUCAGCUGCAAUAAAGAGGAGAUCUUCCAUGUGUGGGAGGUAAGUGCCUUCUGA